AUGACCAAUAAAGUUGUUCAUGUUGAGGAGGAUGUUACUGAAAUGAUUGGCAUCGAGAAUUGCAAAAUGAUGUCAAUAAACAUGACAUUAUCAUUGAUAAUAUUAGUUGGGAUGCGAUUAUGCCUAGGAACAGGUCCGAAUACAUGGAUAGAUGUGUCGUUUCGCAUUAACAAGCUGAAUUUUAUUUGGUCUAAAGCCAUACAUCAUCUUAGUGACAAGGCAUUAAUCAAACGUUUGAAGGAUGAAUUGGACAACUUUGACUCGCUUUAUUUGUCUGCGAAAGCAGCGAGUAUAAAAAAUGAGAAAUUAGUUCUGGAAGAGGUGGAUAAUAAGCUUGUACAACUUCUUGAGAAGUAUGGUUUGGGAUCAGCAGUGACUGCUUAUAUGAAGAAAUACAAGUGGCGAGACGAAGAAGAAGAAAACAGUAUUCUUUCUUCAGAGAAAUUUAAAGAUCCAAAACUACAAAAACUUUGGCAUGCUGCGCAGAAUUCGCGUUUUUCUAAAAAUGAACAGAAAAUUGUUCAUAAGGAAUUGAGAGAUCAUGAACGAAAGAUGGCAUUGUAUGAGGAGAAAGUGCAGCUGUUCAACGAGCUCAAUGAUAAUACUUUAACUGAAAAUUCUUUCGAAAUGAGUGAUAAGUUGAAUCGUGAACUGAAAGUCCAUCAUAAUAACAUUAUAAAUUCGUAUGAUAAAUUGCAUCAAAAAAUUUUACAAGUAUCGCGGAAAGUAUUCAAUAAUGAAAAAGUGGAGAAUUUGUGGCAUUUGGCAACGCAGAAUCCGAACUUCACUAUGUCAGAAUUGGAAUCAAUACGAGUAGAACUGAACCAUUUUGAUAAACGUCUUGAGAAGAUGAAGUAUCACGAUGAAGAACUUAAGGCUGUGAAGAAAGAGCAGGAGAAAUUGGGCAAGCUUAAUGUAUUCGAUGAAGAUAUCAGUGGUUUAGAGGAAGAAAAUAAACGUUUGCUACGUAAACUUAGGAAAUUGGAAAAUUAUUUGGAAACAAAAAUUGUUCAUACAGAAUUGUAA